UAGCCAUGACAUCCGAUUGCUAUUCCUCUUCCAACGAGUACAGUUACAAGUACCACAGACUGGUGUACAAGACUGAGUCGUUCUACUGUAAUGAUGGAUGUUGUGGAGUGUACCUUGGCUACCAAUACUGCUGUCCUGACGAAUCCAAUGCUUCCGGGGGGAUCAUAGCCGGUAUAGUGAUCGGCAGUCUGGUCGGCGGAGGGCUAUUCGUAUCCUUUUUUGUGCUCAUAUGUGUGUACUGUAUGAACGCCAAGCGACGCUCCGGGACACCGACGACCGGACGGGUUUUCGGGACACCGGUGACCGGAUCGGUUUUCGGGACACCGGCGACCAGACCACAUAUAACAUACAUCAACACGUAUUCUGUCCAGCCAGGAAAUACAGAUCAACCAGGAAUGCAACCCUAUCGUAACCAAGGUUUUACGCCGGACGCUGGUACCGCGUUAAUUCCCGGACCUGUCACCGACACACCUGGUGGGGGUGAGGGGGUUGAAUGUGGAGGCUGUGGCGGAGGAGAUUGAAAAUGCUAUUUGUAUAUCAAAAUGGUUUUGAUUAAUCAUUUAUAAUAUAUAACAUAGAUGCAUAAAUAAAUACCAAGAGGGAUUAUGUAAAUUAUAUACAUAUAAUGUAUUAAUUUGAUAGAGUAACACUCAAGGUUCAUUCUAGAAAUAUGCUUUCCAUAUUCGUGUACUAAAAGUAUUAUGUUUGAAUUUAUAAAUCGUGUUCAGAUAUUGAUAGGGAUCAAUGAUAGACCUCCUCUGAUUGAGUUUCAUAAUCCCGAGUUACAUAUUCAACCACGAUAUAUAACCCUAUAGAUUUAUUUAAACGUCUUUAAUCCUAACGGAGGUAAUCCGAAAUGUCUAUUUUCAUUUUUUCUUUAAAUAUUUAGUAAUUGAUAAUAACUUGCUCUAUUGCAAGAUUUAUUAUGUUUUUGUCGAGACUUUGAUGUAGUUACAUGUUUUCGUUAUCCAUUUAAUAGAAAUCAUUUUCGUGUCAACGAUAUUAAUGAAAUGUAUUCCGAAUUAUUCCAGGGUUAAUAAAUCAGCUGACGUUUGUGAUGACAGCAAAUUCUUCACCUACUACCAAAACAUUCCUUUUGAAUUCUCUAUGAAAAUAGGAAAUGCAAUAAUGACGCUUUUAGGAAAAUUAGAACUACAGGUAAUACUUAAAUAUCGUCAUUAACUUUCUGCAUUAUCGUGGAUUCGGAGACCUUUGACUUCUACAGGCGGGCCCUUAUGUAGUCUUAUUGUAAAUCACAAACACAAUGUGUUCUCAUGUGCAUCUCAGAGGAUGUCGGUUAUACUCAAUAUAUUCUAGUAUGUAUAUGUUAUCUUAUACAUUAUACUAAAGCAGAAUCGUUUAUAUAUGUAUAUUAUUUGUGUUCAAAACAUACAUUUACCUACAAUUGCAAAUCAAAUUUACGAUAUUUUCUAGUAAAAUUAU